AUGAAAAUGCCUCUGAUAGAGGGUGUUGGUGAUGAGGUGGUGCAGUUUGCUGGUGUGGUUUUGGUUGUGGUGGUGGCCAUGCUAGCCUGGUGGUCGACUAACGCAAGACCUAAUAGAUACCGCACUGUACUUGUUAUGAGAUCCCGCGCGCAUCCCGUCACUGUUAAUAUAUUGUCACGAGCCAACGUAACCACGUCUCAGAACACCAAUCAGGCUUCAACAUCCACAGCUAUAGUGGCAGGUAACGUCAGUUCGCACAGUUUGACCAGAGACAAUAGAGUUAUACCGCUACAGGAAAUGGACAGCAUUGUUGACGCUGAUAUGGCCAUGUUGGAUAACCAUCGGCUGCACUUCUACCGUAGAAUACAUUCUCCCCCAAGUGAUGAGACACCAUCGGAAGCCCGCAGCGAAGAAAACGAAAGCCUUGAAGAACCGGAGCCAGCUAGCAGUGAUCAGAUUCGAGAAAUGAACAGCAUUGUCAGCGCUAUGGAGGCUGACGCGCCGCCUGGAUGUACAUGUUACAGACGGAACGAAGCAAAUACCAAUAAAGAAGGACCUAAGAAGGAAGGUAAUGAAAAUAUUGAACAGACUACUGGCACUAGUGAAGUGGAAACUGCUGGGACUUCAAUUGAUGAUGCUCCCGGUGAAAGCAGAAUAUUGAUCAAACUGAAAUAUCUGAAUGAUACAUUGAAAGAAGUUGAGGGUAGUCUUGACGAGCUCUUGAAGGACUUUAAGAGACGUCAUUUCGCGGAGGAGCUAUGUUCAGAGCGCGUAGUCCGUCUGAUCUUCCGUGGUCGUGUGUUAGGUGACGAGGCCGCCACGCUGCGUGCUUGUGGUCUUCAUCACCGCGCUGUGGUCCACUGUCUCGUACAUCCGAAGAGACAGAGACCAGUGCAGCAAACAACCAACCCUACAUCAGCGGAGGGUCAAAGUGUGGGAUCUGAAGCCGCCCCGGAGCGUUCCUGGGAUUUGGAGAACAUUCUGAUGACGCUCGUCUCAAUUGCUCUAACUAUUGUAUGGUUUUUCAGAUGCGAGUAUUCGAAUAUGUUUACAGCGAGCGCCAGCGUCGCCUUGUUUGGUCUGACCGUGUUCUACAGUGUCGCUAUAUUCGGUCUUUAUUUAUCCGAUUCAUUCUACUUCGAACGACGUCCCGCGCAGCCAGUAGCGAACAACUGA